GAGGGGAGUUGCCGGAUGUAUUCGUACGUCCCGAAACAAGUCCCAAAUGUCGGAGGAGACGCAGGACUCGUUCACCUUCACAGUUGGCAAGUUGGAUGCCGGCAUGGCGAUUUUAAUAGGCGAACGAGCUCACUUAAUUGAAUUCCCAAGUUUGCUCCUUCCUCCAGGAGUAGCUUCUGGAUCUAUCGUUGAUAUUGCUGUUCAUCGCAACAUAUCCCAAGAAAAACGUCAUCGGGCCGAAUUUUGGGACCUACAACGGAAUAUUUUGAGUACCUACGGCUCAGAAUUGCCAAAGGCUCCUCAGCUUGCGGUACGGAAUAUCACGCAGACAUCAGUGACGCUGGAAUGGCCAGCAUUGGAGCUUGCCACUGCAAAGUUACGCGCUUUAGAAAUACAUAAAAAUGGCCAACGACUCGCUGCUAUUCCUUCCCCACUUCAGAAUACUUCAACAAAACUCUCUGGACUCUCAGUUGAGACAGCAUACACUUUCCAACUGAUCCUGCGCACCACUGCUGGUAAUUUUUCGAGCAAUCUUGUCGAAGUGAAAACGCAUUCCAUGAAUGACACGUCCGGGAUAUCUGUUUGCUUUGGCAACGUUCAGGACAGGGUCUUAUUAGAGAAUGCCAAGCUCGCCCUCCAAGAAAUGCGAGCAAAGUGGAGCGACAGAAUCCAGAUUGAUACGACUCACUUUGUAUGCACCACCCCAGAAAUGAUACCUGACGCCAGUGGGGUCUCAAGAGGUGGUGUUGGUGUUGAGUAUCAGAAGGCUCUUCAACUCAGCAUUCCUGUGGUUCAACCGCAAUGGAUAGUCGCGUGUUUACAAGAAAAGCGGAUGGUGCCCAUAUCUUCAUUCUACCUUGGCGCCACUCCAUCGGCAUUUCUUUCCUCUGCUUCAUUUGCACGUCCAAAAAAUUCGUCCUCAUCGACUACUGCUGUGAAUGUUCCCCAGAGCCCAACCUCACCUAAAUCCCCCCCAGUUCCUGACAAGCAAUUCCAUGGUCAGACUCAGUCCCCCCCCAUUCUCGCAUUAUCUCCCAAACGGGAAUCUACUUCGAGCCCCAAACCUCCGCCGCGAAGCCCUCUUCAGAGUGACGAACCGCAGACAUCGAUAAGAUCUCCUCAUCAAGCCCAUCGCAAGAGUGGGACGAUGGACAAAACAUUCAAGUUUCCUCCUGAAGUCCCUCCUCCCCAAGUCACCGUCUCUCCGACCGAGGAAGACGACGAAGAGGAUGCACAGGAUCUUAUAGAGUCCACAAAGAAUAUGAAAUUGAAUCUUGCUGGCGAAGGAGAGAAGGGCCCCAAGUCUGUCGAGAUUCCCCCUCCGACGCCCAUCGCGAAAGACACCGAAUUGGAGCCAGAGUUCAGUAAUGAAGAGGUCGGUGAGACCGUGGAAGUGGAUUUGACCUAAAAAUAUUCCAUUUAUUCAGUCUGUCUUUUGACGAUUAUACCAGGUGUAAUUUCUUCUUCUCACCUUUUAUUUCUUCGGCAGCCCCGUACCCGGAUCCAUCAUUCGACUCCUUUUGCCGGUGUCGGGACCCUGGUCUUUAAAUCCUUUCAGAAGGAGUAGUUUUCGUAGGCUGUUGAGCUAUUUACUUAUAAUGGCUAAUUAAAUUACGCACCCGAGCGUGGCUACCUGGAAAACUCCAUCAGAUUCCCAGAUACAGGUCCAUGCUGUAAGGUGGCUCACCAGCUGUAUACAUAUCAAGCAACGGACUGUCCAUG